CGUGGGUGAACCCGGUGCGGUGUUGGAGUUUUGACGUGGCAUUUCGGGUACGUGAACACAGCUGUUUACUGUACGCUUAAGGUCCUCCAGCUCACCGUUUCUGCUGCACAGGAAUGAUUGUAGAAACAUUGAGAGAAGCGUCUGGCAACACGCAAAACUUCGGUGCGCUUGUUAACACGUAAAUUGAAAGCAGACUUUAUGAACGCCACCCGUCUGGAAUGAGAAAAGCAUAACAGCCGACUAACGCGAUGAGUCAGCAGGGUUAUGUGGCCACGCCCCCUUAUUCCCAGGCCCCGCCUGGCAUGGGGGGGUACCAGCCAGGAUUCGGCGCCCCACCUGCUCAGCCACUGUACGGGCACUAUGGACCCCCCCAGCCGUACCCCUCUGGACAGCUGGGUGCGCUAAAAUCACCUCCCCCCUUGGCAUCCGCCGUCCCUCCACCCCUCAGCCCCGCCCAGUUCAGCCUCAAUGGUCUUCAAAAUGGGGGUCACCACCAGAGGUUCCCUCCUCCCAUCUCUGCUCCCUCUGCUUCUCCAUAUGGACCGCCUCCUCCCGCUAUGCUCUCUGGCCCCGCCUCCCCUGCACAGGCCACGCCCCCGACACACCAGCUCACCAAUCAGCUGAGCGGCAUGCAGAUUAGCGGUUACGGUCCCGCCCCCCCACAGGGCCCUCAGUCCCCUGCUGGCUCUGCAGCUCCUCCCACUUUCCUCCCUCCUCCACCCGCCGUGGGACAUCCUCCGCCCAUGGGCGCCAUGACAGCAGCUCCACCAAUGGGAGCCCCCGGGCAGUUCCCUGGCCCUCCCCCACUCGGACCUGGCGGGUUCCAGCAGCCUCCUGGACCUCCGGGGUUCCCAGCACAGCAAGGUCCGUAUGGGGCGGGGCAGUUGGCCGGACCCCAGCCCGGUUUCCCCGGAGCCUUCCCCGCUGGAGCAGCACAAAUGGCGGGGCCCCCCCAAAAGAAACUGGACCCUGAAUCCAUUCCCAGUGCGACUCAGGUGAUUGAGGAUGACCAGGCCAAGCGUGGAGGCCAGGUUUAUGCCACUAACCUGAGGGGACAGGUGCCCCCCUUGGUCACCACAGACUUUGUGGUGCAGGAUCAAGGCAACGCCAGCCCCCGCUACAUACGCUGCACGGCCUACUCCUUUCCCUGCACGGCAGACCUGGCCAAGCAGUGCAAGGUGCCCCUGGCCGCCAUCAUCAAACCCUUCGCCGCCGUCCCCAAAAACGAGACCCCUCUGUACCUGGUGGACCACGGCGAGUCCGGACCAAUCAGAUGCAACCGCUGCAAGGCCUACAUGUGCCCCUUCAUGCAGUUCACGGACGGGGGCAGGCGGUACCAGUGCGGAUUCUGCAACUGUGUCAACGAAGUGCCAGCGUUCUAUUUCCAACACCUGGACCACGUCGGCCGACGGGUGGACUUCUACGAGAGGCCGGAGCUCUCCCUCGGGUCCUACGAGGUCGCUGCCACGAUGGAGUACUGCAGGAACAAGAAGCCCCCCAACCCGCCGGCCUUCAUCUUCAUGAUUGACGUGUCCUACGCCAACGUCCAGAGCGGGCUGGUCAGACUGGUGUGUGAGGAGCUGAAGACUCUGCUGGAGCACCUGCCCAGAGAGGAAGGGGCGGAGAGCUCGGGGGUCCGCGUGGGCUUCGUCACCUACAACAAGAUCCUGCACUUCUACAACGUGAAGAGCGCCCUGGCGCAGCCCCAGAUGAUGGUGGUGUCCGACGUGGCCGAGAUGUUCCUGCCGCUGCUCGACGGCUUCCUGGUCAGCUUCCAGGAGUCCCGCUCCGUCGUCAACAAUCUGCUGGACCAGAUUCCCGACAUGUUCGCCAACACCAGCGAGAACGAGACUGUGUUCGCCCCGGUCAUCCAGGCCGGCGUGGAGGCCCUGAAGGCCGCGGAGUGCAGCGGCAAGCUGUUCAUCUUCCACUCCUCCAUGCCGACCGCUGAGGCUCCUGGGAAACUGAGGAACCGGGACGACAGGAAGCUGGUCAACACCGACAAAGAGAAGACUCUCUUCCAGCCUCAGAAGGGAGUCUACGAGCAGCUGGUGCAGGACUGCGUUUCUAUUGGCUGCUGUGUGGACCUCUUCCUGUUCCCCAGCCAAUACACUGACGUGGCCACAAUGGGCUCUGUCUCAAUGCACACGGGGGGGUCUGUGUACAAGUACAGCAACUUCCAGGUUCCAGUUGAUGGGGACCAUUUUCUCAGUGACCUGCGGAGAGAUGUGGAGAAGCCAAUAGGAUUUGAUGGAAUCAUGCGUGUUCGGACCAGCACAGGCUUCCGGCCUACAGACUUCUUCGGGGCGCUGCACAUGAACAACACCACCGACGUGGAGAUGGCCGCCGUGGACAGCGACAAAGCCGUCACCGUGGAGUUCAAACACGACGACACGCUGGCCGAGGACGCCGGAGCCCUGAUACAGUGUGCCUUACUCUACACCACAGUUGGCGGACAGAGGCGUCUGCGUAUCCAUAACCUGGGCCUGACCUGCAGCGCCCAGCUGGCCGACCUCUACAAGACCUGCGAGACCGACGCCCUCAUCAACUUCUUCGCCAAAUCCGCGUACCGUGCCAUGGUCAACCAGCCGCUGAAGACGGUGAGGGAGAUCCUGGUGAACCAGACGGCCCACAUGCUGGCCUGCUACAGGAAGAACUGCGCCAACCCGUCUGCUGUGAGCCAGCUCAUUCUGCCCGACGCCAUGAAGGUCUUCCCCGUGUACAUGAACAGCUUGAUGAAGAGCGCCGCCCUAGUGGCCAGCCCCGACCUCUCCACGGACGACCGCGCCCUCCAGAGGAUGGCCGUCACCGCCAUGGGGGUGGAGGAGACCCAGGUCCUCUUCUACCCCCGCCUCAUCCCACUGCACAACAUGGAGGCCGUUGGCGAGGGGUUACCGCCAGCAGUGCGCAGCUCUGAUGAGCGGCUCUCCGAGGGGGGGCUCUUCCUCCUGGAGAACGGGCGCCUCCUCUUCCUCUGGCUGAGCCAGACCUGCGCCCCCGAGCUCAUCCAGAACCUGUUCAACGUGCCCUCACUGGCCCACAUCGGGUCGGACGUGAGGUCAUUACCUGAACUGGACAACCCUCAGUCCAAGAAACUCCGAUCCAUUAUCGAGCUCAUCAGACAACAGAGAUCUCAUUCAAUGAAGCUCCUGAUAGUGAAGCAGAAAGACCAGCAGGAGGCGCUGUUACGACAGCAUCUAGUCGAGGACAAGGGCCUUCACGGAGGGGCGUCCUACAUGGACUUCCUGUGUCACGUCCAUAGAGAGAUCCGGCAGCUGCUCACUUAACCGUGAGGGACCAGGUCAGGGGUGUCCAAUUUAAUCCGAAAAGGGCCGGUGGGGGAGCAGGUUUUUAUCAUAGCCCAGCGCUAUGACAACUAAUUAACUAAUCAUGGUCUUCAAUCAAGCCCUUGAUAAUUAGAAUCAUGGUCUUCAAUCAAGCCCUUGGUAAUUAGAAUCAUGUGUUUUAAUGCUGGCCUGGAACAAAAACCUGUACCCACACCAGCUGUUUUCGGAUGAUAUUUGACACCCCUGGACUAGGUGGUACCACAUCAAAAACCACAAAACCUGUGUCUUACCCAACCCUCCUCCUGCAGUUCAUAAAUGAAUCUCCUUUUUUUCCUGAAAUAGGUGUAUUUUUUUUUUUUUUUUUGUAUAUUCCUUUUAUCAUACUUUUCUAAUGGCAAUCUAUGCACAUCUAAGCACAUUUUCUUACAAAGAGGGGAUGGUGAUGUUUGGAUUGAAGACACCAGUCAAGAUGUCUUCGUCAACCCCUAGCCCCUAUCAACAAAUUGUGCUUAUUUAACUGAAUACUGAUCAGAGAUCAGUUACCAUAGAGUUCAGCAGCAGGACAGUGAGAAUAAAUGAUGUAGUAGAUGCAGUAAUAUUAGGCUUGAGCAAAGAGCUUGAGCGUACAUAUAACCUCAGUGAUGCCAUGUUCCAUUUGAUAGGGUUUUUAUAUAUUAACCCACAGAGUGCCGACUGUCAUUCAAUACAAGAUGCACCUGGAACAGUAAUUCCCUCUCUACUGAGAGAAUAGCGAUGCAUAAAUACAUGUAGUGAAGCAGACAUGUCUUUAAUAAUUUGUAAUGAAAGAGGAUGCGAUUGAGUAGUCUGUCCUCUGAGCAGCCUUAAUUUGUACAUAAGAACUGAUGGUGUGGAUGUUAAACUAAUAGCCAAAGCUUCUUUGUGACCAACAGGCUGAACACGGGCAGGAUAUGUUUCAUUUUUAGUUUUGUAGCAUUUGCAUCUAUACUGGUUAAAAUCAGUGUAGUUAAAAUAGGAAAGAACAGCAAGGUUACAUCCAUACUGGUUAAAGCCAGUACAAUUAAAAUAGGAAAGAUUAUGAGUUUGCAUACAUACUGGUAGUUAAAAUAGGAAAGAACAGCAGGUCCACAUCUUUCAUUUUUUGUUUUUUUUUUGGGGGGGGGGGGGAGAGGGGAGGAUGUGCAGCAGAGUUAAGUACUAACUAUUUGGCAUUAUGUGUUGGAAAGUAGCAAAUGCAGAUUAUUACAAAUAUUUAAAAAUGUGUACGGUAUUUAUGAAAGCAUUUCAUUCAUUCCUUACUUUGACAGAUCUUUUUUAUUCUUAAGUUUGUGGUUUCAACAUUUCUUUGUCCUUGUUUUCUGACAAUAUUUUGCUUCUACCACCAAUGCACAAUGUAAACUAUAGGGGGUGGCUAAGCAUUAAUUACCUUGUAAGGUUUCCUACUUUUGGCUAAUCUGAAAUCAUUGUGUGGCAGUUUCUCUCUGGUAAGGGGGGGAAAAAAAUCUUAAUUCUUUUAUCGUUUUCAUCCUGACUUUAAUUAGAUCCACAAGUGUUUGGGCCUAAUUUUGGUCAGCUUAUUGAUAAAAUAUUGAAACUCGAUUGUGGAUUUAAGAAUUUUUCAGGUAAGCGAAUGAGUCUGCUUGUUGUGUCAGAGACUGUGCUGUGUACCCACAGUUAAUAUAUCAAAUAUAUUCAUAUAUAUCGGUCAUUACUUUGGCCUGUUAGUGUUCAUUAAUUUAUUCUUUUGCAAAAUUAUCACUUGUACAUUUGUUUACUUUGAUUCAUAUGAAACGCGUCCUGUGAUUCGUCACCUGAUUCGUCACCUGACUCGCGCCUUAAUGAAUUCUCAGAGAAUGUAACUUGUGAACAUUUUGUUCAGUUCUUACACUAUUUAGCUGAUGAGAAGGGUCUGUAUGCAUAUUCAUCUCAGGUAAUGCGUGUGUAUAACCAGUGUCAUGAUUGCACAAAACUGUUCCCUAAAAAGAACAGGUGGAGUUUACUACGCUUGUAAUGGAGCACACAGCCUUGUGAUGGGGUCUUGAAUGAGUCGUCACGGAUGUCUGAAUGCAUAGUGCAGUUUGCGUGUGUUAAAACAUUAAAGCAGAGCUGUAUUUUGAUUAAACGCCCCACGUCUCAAUCCA